AUGGCCCUCUCGCCACCCAUCUUCCCCUUCUUCUCACUUCGGAAUCGGGCGAUCUUCGGAAUGGCGCUGCAAAUAGUGGGACCAGCAGGGAGCGUUUCGUUUUUAUAG